AUGCCAGAAAUUUUAGAAACAUUUGAAGUGAGCGAAGGUUAUGAUAAAAAUAGUUUAGAUAGUGCUAAAUCCAAGGCUAUCAGUUUAAGAAUUGAAUUAAAUGGAGAGAAUCCUAUAUUGGCAAUAAUAGGUUCUUAUGGAACUAUUUCUCCAAGCACUAUACUCGGUGAACCUUAUGUAUUAGAAAGAGAAAUUCCUUGUAGAAUAGAAACAUAUACUUGUCAAGUUGAAAGGACAAAAAAACACUAUCCUACUAACCCUGAUGAAUAUUUAAAGCCUUUUGAUAUUGUGAAAGUAAAAAAUAAAAAAGGAACUACUUAUUUUCAUUUUGCUGUUUAUUUAGGGAGAGAAUUAUAUAGAUACCAUUUACCUAUUCCUUUUAAAAAACGAGACGAUACAAUUAGACAUAUAGCAAAAGCAGUGGCAAGUCAUUACAAAAGAGGAGAGUAUAAUUUGUGUAAUGAUAACUGUGAGCACUAUGUUUGGGAACAAAUUACUGGCAUUGAUUAUUCGGAGCAAGCAAUAGAAAGACCAGGAGGGGCUUCCUUUAUUGAUUUUUUUAGAUUAAGAGGAAACCACGGAGUUAGAUAUUGA